CCUGUCCCGGUCCGCAGAGCGGGUACCGAAGCUUGGGGUCAGGGUGAAUAUGAGGAGUCAGAAGGAACUUAAAGCCGAACCGUGAGGCAGUAAACUGUGGAGGUGCUGGAGGGAGAGGCCCGGAGUCCGCCGGAGUGCUCUAUGCCCAGGUCUCUGUGGCUGGGCUGUUCCAGCCUGGCGGACAGCAUGCCUUCGCUGCGAUGCCUGUAUAACCCAGGGACUGGCGCACUCACAGCUUUCCAGAAUUCCUCAGAGAGAGAAGACUGUAAUAAUGGCGAACCCCCUAGGAAGAUAAUACCAGAGAAGAAUUCACUUAGACAGACGUACAACAGCUGUGCCAGACUCUGCUUAAACCAAGAAACAGUAUGUCUAGCAAGUACUGCUAUGAAGACUGAAAAUUGUGUGGCCAAAACAAAACUUGCCAAUGGCACCUCCAGUAUGAUUGUGUCCAAGCAACGGAAACUCUCAGCAAGCUAUGAGAAGGAAAAAGAACUGUGUGUCAAGUAUUUUGAGCAGUGGUCAGAGUCUGACCAAGUGGAGUUCGUGGAACACCUUAUAUCCCAAAUGUGUCAUUACCAGCACGGGCACAUAAACUCAUAUCUGAAGCCUAUGCUGCAGAGGGAUUUCAUCACUGCUCUGCCAGCUCGGGGUUUGGAUCACAUUGCUGAGAACAUUCUGUCAUACUUGGAUGCCCAGUCACUGUGUGCUGCUGAACUCGUGUGCAAAGAGUGGUACCGAGUGACAUCGUAUGGCAUGUUAUGGAAGAAGCUCAUUGAGAGAAUGGUCAGGACAGAUUCUCUGUGGAGAGGCCUGGCAGAACGAAGAGGGUGGGGACAGUAUUUAUUCAAAAACAAACCUCCUGAUGGCAAUGCUCCUCCCAACUCUUUUUAUAGAGCACUUUAUCCUAAAAUUAUACAAGACAUUGAGACCAUAGAAUCUAAUUGGAGAUGUGGAAGGCAUAGCUUACAGAGAAUCCACUGCAGAAGUGAAACAAGCAAAGGAGUUUACUGUUUACAGUACGAUGACCAGAAAAUUGUAAGCGGCCUUCGAGACAACACAAUCAAGAUCUGGGAUAAAAGCACAUUGGAAUGCAAACGAAUUCUCACAGGCCACACAGGUUCUGUCCUGUGUCUCCAGUAUGACGAGAGGGUCAUCGUAACUGGAUCAUCGGAUUCCACAGUUAGAGUAUGGGAUGUGAAUACAGGUGAAAUGCUGAACACAUUGAUUCACCAUUGCGAAGCAGUUUUACACCUACGUUUCAAUAAUGGCAUGAUGGUGACCUGCUCCAAAGACCGUUCCAUUGCUGUAUGGGACAUGGCCUCCCCAACUGACAUCACCCUCCGAAGGGUGCUAGUCGGACACAGAGCUGCUGUCAACGUCGUAGACUUUGAUGACAAGUACAUUGUUUCUGCAUCUGGGGAUAGAACUAUAAAGGUAUGGAACACAAGUACUUGUGAAUUUGUAAGGACCCUGAAUGGACACAAACGAGGCAUCGCCUGUUUGCAGUACAGAGACAGGCUGGUGGUGAGUGGCUCAUCUGACAACACAAUCAGAUUAUGGGACAUAGAAUGUGGUGCAUGUUUACGAGUGUUAGAAGGCCAUGAGGAACUAGUGCGAUGCAUCCGAUUUGAUAACAAGAGGAUAGUCAGCGGGGCCUAUGAUGGAAAAAUCAAAGUGUGGGAUCUUUUGGCUGCUUUGGACCCCCGUGCUCCUGCAGGGACUCUCUGCCUGCGGACCCUUGUGGAGCAUUCUGGAAGAGUUUUCCGACUCCAGUUUGACGAAUUCCAGAUCGUCAGCAGUUCACACGAUGACACCAUCCUCAUCUGGGACUUCCUCAAUGACCCGGCCGCCCAAGCCGAGCCCCCCCGCUCCCCAUUGAGAACAUACACCUACAUCUCCAGAUAAAUUCCCAAGGGCUCCUACUCACCCAGGACUCGUUAAGGUUGCGGGAUUUAAUGUUUCUGCAAAGACCAGGACAAACAACAACAGCAACAAUCAAACUCCUGCCUGGGUCCCUGGACCUGUGAGGGGCAGGGCUUCACGACUCCUGGUGGGACACAGUCGGUCUGCAGCUGACCAGGAUAGCCACUCAGCACGGCCAGCUGCUCCAGUGCUGCUAUCAGAAGACGUCUCUGUCUCGUGUGAAUGAUGGGGACUUGAGCAUCUCCCUCCCUCUCCCUCCCUCACACCCGUUUUUCCAUUGGGUUCCAGAAAGAGAUGACUUAUAAAUAUAUUUAGUGUUUGGACAGGAUCUCUCUUGCUUUGCCGUUAAGCAGAACCAAUUUCCCCCUAUAGCCCACUUCUAGGGCCAGGAGGAUGCAGCUUCCGGGCAGACAGAGCCAGUGUAGCCCUGGAACUACAGGGCCGGCACCUGGCCAGAGCAGCGGAGUCGUCUCCCUGCCAGCCUCCAAGGGUGAGAAGAGAAAGCGAAUGCACCUGCUGGAGCCCUGGGCCUCUGCCUCCACUGUCUGCUGCACCCCUCUCCCUCCUCCCCCAGGCCUUCACCGGAGGAGAAGCUGUGGCAAGUGUGUCCCAGUCAGCAGGGCGGAUCCGCCGGAAGAAGCCAUCUGAAGGAGGUGCAGCAGUGGAGUCUCAGAAGUCACACCCUCGUCAUACUGAACCUCCUCCUCCUCCUCCUCCUCUUGGUCCCCCGCCCUGGGCUCGGUCAGUGGCUGCAUCUUCCUGGACUCAGCAGUCUCCUGGAUUCCAUGUCGAGUAUGGAAAGGAGUUGCUGAUUGCAUUUCCUCUCAUUAACAAUUAGAUGUGUAAUAAAAAGCGUUGUGCUUCAUCUUAGUCACUGGUAAGGCCCAGCCCACAGAAAAGCUGCCGUGGCCAGAGCCAGCUGCUUGGUGUGUCCUGCACAGUGGCUUCUGUCUCAUUCCCUCCUCAAAGCCUGCCAAGACCACGGGAGGAGCUUAGGAGACAGCCCGGGGAAGCUGGUUUCUUUCCUUUUGGAGAUUGGUUCACUAUCUCAGCCUUGCAUCGCAGAGCCUUGUUUCCAAACCAACCAUUUGCUAAAGGGCAGCAGUGCCGGAGAGGGCAUCAGGUUCAGGUUUGGCACACAGGGUUUAUUGGUGGGGCAGAAACUGCCUCCACUCUGCUUCCUCCUGGCUUUACUUUGCUCUCUCCUCCCCCACCAGUAAAAUUUCUCUGGCAGCUGAAAAACAUAAACAAAUGGACACUGCAAGGGUAGCCUAACCCGGCACCUUGGAAAGCAGCUGUGUGGGCUGCAGUGUAAGUGGGCAUGUAACACGCCGACCAGAGAGCAUGAUGACUGCCAGCUUGUUUGAGGGCCUUGAGGGGCGGCCUGGGCAGAAACAGCAGCCCUGACUGUUCAGUCUCGCUUUCCAUGGAGGCUGAGCCGUGAGGCGCCUUGCACCUCUUCCUAGUCUUGCAGUUGAGCCUGAGAAAACCCCUUCUCACAUGGCUGCCGUAAGAGCAGCAGGCGGGUACCAGGUGUGGGGGCCUCUGGCUGGGCCCCGCUGGCCCAGCAGUGAGGGCGUCUUCAUCCUCCACUGAGCUGCAGGCAGGCGUCCCUCGGUGCUGGACCAAGAGAGAACGUGGGGAGAGGCGGGUUGUUGGUAUGCAGUUUUCCUUUCCUGCUUUACAGCUACUUUUAAGCUUAGUCUCAAGUCAUUCAUAACUUAUUUCCUCGGUGUAAUUCCCUUCCCAGCUACCAGAAUGCUACAGAGAAUUGUUUGCUCCGCCACUGUCGGGCUUCCUUGUCUGUUACGUUGAGCAUUAGUGGCUCUGAUUGGUUAGGGUUCUGCUCAGAUGAAAGAGCUGUCAGCCCUACAAACAGGGCGGACACCAAACAGGUAUAGAUCGAAGCUGUUGCAGAUGUUGUCCAGUUCUGUUCAUGCUGCCACCCGGAGGGAGCAGGGCACUUGCGUGGCAAGAGUGAAGCCCUUGGUGCCGUGCACAGCACCACAAAAGGAGAAUAAAAUGGGCAAUUGAGUAGUCGGGGCCAGGGAUUCACUGAGUGCACUGCUGAGAAGCUUGUGUAGCCCCAGGUGAGGCUCUUCUCCACGCUGUCCUCUGCUGCCAAAGGGAAAUGGAAGUGGUCUGAAAAGUCGAAUUGUUCACAUUUCUCGGCUUUGGGGGUCGUUUGCUAGUUCAUUGUAGACGAAAUAAUCAGGUAAGUAGAAGUUCAUUUCCAGAGCAGGUGAGCCCCACUUACCAUCUCUGCGUGAUUUCAGUGGGAACUGAUGAUUGCUAAUUCCCACUGAGAUUAAAAACAGGGAAAGUUUGACCUUUGUGGAGAAGAGAAAGGCACUGAGGCUCAUGUAAAGGGACGUAGAGAAGGCUGCGGGUGUUCUCUGGCUCAGAAGUGUUCCCGUGUAGUUUUGUCUCUUUUCACUAAAAUUCGCUUCCACUGAAACCUUUCUUUAAAGAUGGGUAGGUGAAGCUUGUGCACGCGUGAACGCCACUGCCGAGAGCUUCCUUCCACUGAAGUGCAGUUUGGAAGUGGAGCUGCAUUUGGGAGAGGCCUUUCACGCCGUCCCCGGCUUGCUUCUUUCUCAUAAGUCCUCACCGCAGAGAGAGGCUGCGGAGCGGUUAGCCCAUUAAAGCCUGGCACCCAGAACUUUUUUGGGGGUAGAGAUUUGUUCUUGGGGGUUGUUUGCUUCAUCUUGGUACUGUCUAAAACCACAGAGGAGGAAGUAUGUGCCAGUUGCUGUCUUCUGACAACAAACAUCUGAAAAGCUAUCACCGGUCUCAGCAUUUGAUUGUGUGUGGAAACAACUUAGGAUGAGGGUGUGGAUGAAUACUGGAACUAAUGAGGGCUAUUCGUUCUUUCCGAGAAUGGGAUUAGAUUCCUUGGUAUUGUUGAGCCUAGUGUCUUUUUCUGCCUUCGAUGGUGAUUCCUGGUAACCCGGGGUGGACGCAGUCUGGUGCAGAGUAGCACUGGCCUGAGGUCAGCCAGGUGUAAGGUAGAUGCAGGCUGCCGGAAGGUCCGCAGCUUUGGCAUGCGCCAGACGGGUAGGGGACCAUCUCAUGGCAGCCGUACAGACCGCCCCUGUUGGGAGUGGAGCCGAGCUGUGCUUUAGUGUUCUAAGCUUAGUUCUUCGUGGUGUCCGAACCCGUGGAAGUAGAGAACAAAGCAUGGUCAUGGCUGCUUCGUUAAGGCCGAACUUGACUCCAUGGACACGGAAGAAACCCUCUGAUGGAAGUUGAUCCCCCAUAGUAAACUCCCUUAAGUGUGUGCUUCCUGACGCCGGCCAGGCAGGGUUGCGGUGUGUGUGUGUGGUGGCUUCCCCACCCUCCUCCCCGUGGACGCUGCAGGUUAGUCAGCCCUGGGUCCUGGGAAGCCAACACCUUCCCAGGACUCAGAGCCCACAGUGGGGACAGCCUGGUGGCACAGGAGUCGCUGAGAGCUGUGGCCGCUCCUGUACCCCCCCUGUCCUGACAGUGUGACGUCUGUGAUUGUUCCAGUGAUGUGUAGUCAGUGUGCCUGUGUGUUCACAACCUAGGACUAUGGUAACAGUGUUUUGGUUUUUUUAACUUCAGAAAAAAUAAUUUAAAUGACAAAUACAUGAUUAAAGUCAGUUUCCUAAGUGUGUGUUUUUUCCCCUAAGUGUCUUGUCUGAACCUACAUGAGAAGAACUGUAACUGUCUCGGUGAACGGAUUGCACACAUCUGCACACACGGCAGUUAAUGCCUGCUAAGGUGACCGGGCUGGAGGCAUGGCCGAGUCUGAGUUCCCUGCCUGCUCCUGGUGCUCUUUGAUCAAGGCGAAGCCACACUGACGUCCAAUUUGCAUGUCGGUCAUCACCACUGACCACAGCCCAAGCUGAAUCCAGGACUGAAGUUCUCUACCGAUGGGUAGGUGAGAAGACUCCAGUUUCCCCUGUAUCCCUUUGACACAUGUGGAGGCCAGCGUGCUCACCAUGCAGCACUUCUGAGAAACGGCUGGGAGAGGGGCCCAGUGGGCCCCUUGCCCUGGUGCACAUGCCCUCCAGGCAGAGCAGCCAGGCUGAAGGCCAAACCACAAAAGGCCCCUCCCCACCCUGGUGUUACAAGCAGCACCCUUGUCAGAGCCAACUCCUGGUGUCAAACCUUGGGCUUACAGGGCCAGCAUUCCUGCCCGGCUGUUUGCAUCAGCUGUCUCUGGCCAUUUUUGUGGCUCUGGCUUUGGCAGCAUGGAGCCCAGUGCAGAAGUGAUGUUGGGACUAGAGGGGUAUCGGAGUAUUAUGUAGACCCAGCCUUUUGUCAGUGACGGAGCAGGAGCAAGAAAAAGGACCCAGCCGGGCAUGGGGUUUACACCUGUAAACCCUGCACUGGGGUGGCUGAGACGGGGUGAUUUGCAUGAAUUGAGGACAGCCUGGGCUGCCUAGUGAGACCCUGUCUCAGAAAAAUAAAAGGGACCCACAUUACCAAGACCACCCUGGCGUCUGCUCCCAAACAGGCCUCACCCCAGAGGUCAGCACAGGGCAGGCACUGCAGCCAGCCACAUCGUGUGCUGGUGUCCAGAGCACAGGCCUGAGCGGGGCCGAGCCUGGGGCUCACGGACCUCUCUCCAAACCACUUAGACCUGCAGAAAUUGCGGGGGAGAACAACUCUGCAGCCCCUGUGCAUACGUCCAGGCUGAGCCUGGAUCCCUCCUCCUUGAACCGAUGGCUGUGUGCCAUCAGCAGGGAUGAAGGGGAGGAGACCUCUUCCUUCUGAUUGGCUCUUGCCAAUUAAGAGCAUUUUAUUAGGCUGCUAAUUAAAGGCACUUUGUUAGCAGCAGGAGAGGCCGGUGGUGCCUGGUGAUGGAGCAGCACCAGGAGAAAUUGUUUUCUUCCCCGGUGGAAGCACAGCCUCUCCCGCUGCGCCUGCCACACCCCUUGCUUUCAAUUAACAGCUCCGAGGGGAGUGGGGUCAUCACAGAGCCCAGCCAGAGCCCUGCACCAGCGCAGGCGCAGGAGGCCUCCCCGCGGUCCAGGUCCCGGCACCUGCGCCUGGCCCGGGUGGGAGAGGCUGCCUGCAAGCUGGCCCCUGGGACCCUCCCCAGCAGGGCGGUCACAGUCUCCGCUGCCCACACCCUUGGCAAAGGCUCCCGACAUUGUGGGGCAGUUAGCCCCGUCCCCAGUCACUGCAGCGGGUCCAGGGAGCCCCGUUCCUCCAGCUCCCCUGCUGGAGGAGGGGAGGGACUCACUGCAGCCUGGCGGCACAUGGGGGCUGGCACGCCGGGUCGCCAAGGACACUCCUCUCCACGGCCUGCUCACCCCUCACUUAACUGCAGAAUUAGCACCGGCCCAGGCUGGGCGGGCAGAUUUAUGGCAGGGCCUGCCUCCCUCCAUUUAACCCGAGGCCGGCCUGGGCUCCAGACACUAAAUUAGAUUUUUGACAAUUAGAGAGACUAAUGGGCACACAGCCAUCCCCAGAGCCAGAUAUCCAGCAAGGCCGUCCUGCAAUAUCCACUGCUGGCCGGACUGCCGUGCGCCGCCCACCCCACUGGCUCUCGGGUGGGCGCCUCUUCCCUCCAGCACAGCCUGCCCUGUCGGGCUUGUCCCUGCUUUCUCCUGGGCAUCCGGCCUCCUGUCCAUCCCGCCUUCCCCAGGGCCUGUCCCUCUGUAGGCUGCUCAUGUUAGUCUGAGCAGACUGCAAGCCUCUUGAGGGCAGGGCCGGCGGUCCUCAGCACCCUCCUCCCUGGGUCUCCGCCCUUGUGGCCCGGCCCCUUCCCUGCGGCCCGCGGCUCUGACCGGGCUGGGCCUGCUGUGCGGAGAUUGCGGUAAGUGGCGUUGGGGGGGCUGCUCACCCUCACUCAGGCAGACUCAUAGCUCUGUCAGGCUGAUUGGUCCUGAGUGGAAGCGGAAACGGCCCCCCACGGACACGCUGAGAUUGGUUAUAAAAUUACAAGCAUUUGUUCUGCUGUCAGUGUCCUUCCCUCCCUCCCCUCCGCCUGCCCGCCCAGGCUCCUCUCCACCCAGCCCGUCCUCUGUCCCCUGUGGUC